GUCAGUGCGUACCGAGGCUUCACGAGUGGGUGUGGGUGGUGUUGGUGUUGUGAGGUGCCACGUGAACGGUGCCCUAGCUGGAAGCUGGAUGCUGGUUUCCUGGCUUAUUCAGGAGACACCCUCAGCUACCCUCGUCCCUCUCCCAGAUGCCGGACGGUACGUGUACGGUUCUGAGCAAACGCUGUACGUACAGGAGGUGAGGCAGACGGACGCCCACGCCUCGUUCCUGUGUCGUGUUAGACACCGCGCCCUCCGCACGCCCAUCACCAGCACGCCCGCAUCUCUCACAGUGCUGGCGGCGCCGCUGACAGACUCUCCCCCAAGGAUGGACCCAGAGCUGACGAGGAUGUUAGAGGUGGUAGACGGCCAUCCCUUCACUAUCCCCUGCCUCGCCCACGCCCACCCUCCUCCACACUACAGUUGGUCACGUGAUGGCGUGAGUGGCGAGCUGGGGACGGUGGGGGGAAGCGUGGGUGUGAGCAGUGGCCGUGUGUGGGUGCGAGGUGCAGUAGCAGGAGGGGUACGGGCGGGGCCGUCGGAUGCAGGCGGGUACACUUGCGUGGCAGCCAACGGUGCGGGUACAGACACUGCCCACUUCACCCUCACCGUGGUACAAGAGCUUGUAAUCACUCCUCACCCACCCGCGCAGAUGGUAUCUGCGGGUAGCCGGGUGUCACUUAGCUGCCGGGUACAAGGCUCGCCUGUAUCCGAGGUGCGAUGGUACAAGGACGGCGCUAUCAUUCACCCACACACCCACGCUCACAUGCUCCUCCAGGGACGCGACACACUGACCAUCACUGGAGUUGGUGAGAGGGAUGCUGGCAUGUAUCAGUGUGUAGCUGCCAACAGUCUAGGAGAGGUGCAAGCCAGCACUCAGCUCACUAUCAGAGAUUCUCCACCAACUCUGCGACACACUUUCAUAGAGCAGACACUGCAGCCAGGACCGCCCAUGUCACUGAAAUGCACCGCUCUAGGCCAUCCGACGCCCAUUAUCACUUGGACACUAGACACACACCCACUCGAGCCCUCCGGCGGACACUACGGUGGGCAGAGAGUUGCCGUGGGCUCGUGGGUGGAUGUCAGUGAUCAGGUGGUGAGUCAAGUGAAUAUCAGCAGUGUGGAUCAUCUGGACGGAGGCACCUAUACUUGUACAGCUAUCAAUACGGCAGGAAAGGUGCACCACUCAGCCAGACUCAACAUCUAUGGUCCGCCCACGACACGCACCCCGAGGAACAUAAGUGCAGUGGAAUUGUCUGAGGCAACUCUGAUGUGCCCAGUGGCAGGAUACCCACUGACUACUGUGUCGUGGACGCUUCACGGCCGACCCCUCACCUCCACAUCACGGAGGACACCCCGAGGAGACGGCACGCUGAUCAUCCAGAGUGUGGAGGCUCAGCAUGACGUGGGUCACUACACCUGCACAGCAUCUGAUGCUCAGGGUCGCUCAGCAACGGCAACAUUUUUCCUCUCGGUAGUCAAACCACCUGUACUGGCGGAUCUGAAGUUUCCCGCGAGGUUGGUAGAAGGAAUGCGUCUGUCAGUAGCUUGUUCACUACUGAGCGGGGACCUUCCCAUCAGUCUUCGCUGGUCCCGUGAUGGCCGGCCCCUGCCUCGUGACCCCGUGCUCACUGAGACACACUCGCAGUUCUUCUCUAACCUGGUGUUCGCUGACAUCCGCGGCAGACACGCCGGCGAGUACACCUGCACAGCCUCUAACUCUGCUGCUGCUUCAACUAUCUCGGCCACCAUGGACGUACGAGAGCGACCUGAUCCACCAGGUCAUGUCCACGUGAGGGAAGUGACCAGUCGUCAUGUCACCUUAGCCUGGGCCCCACCUUUUGAUGGAAAUUCCCCUCUAACCCAUUACCUUCUGCAACACUGGCCUGCCCACCACGCCUCCCCCACUGCCAUUAACACUACGCUCCUCAAGGACCUGACUCAAGCCACGUUGAAGGGUUUGUCGCCUGGCCGUACCUACCAUAUACAAGUGUUGGCUGUAAAUGCUAGAGGGUCAUCACCUCCGUCUCCAACCCUCAGUAUCACCACCCUACAAGAACCACCCACAGCACCGCCCACACGUCUCCGCGCCCACGGUCGUCAACAGACUACUAUCACCGUUACUUGGCAGGCUCCGGCUGCUCACCUGAGCCCAGGUGAGGUUACCGGCUAUCAGGUUGGUUUCCAGGAGGCAGAGCUAGGAGAGGCGGGUGAGUACCGCUGGCGGAGUGCGCGAAGUGGUACAAUGACUUCUGAGAUCACUGGCCUCCGACACUACACCGCCUACAGAGUUACUGUGAGGGCUGUCAACCAGGUGGGGGCUGGCCCGCCAGCUCAAGCUGUGGUGGUCACCACCAGCCAGGGAGUGCCAUCAGCACCGCCAGAGAGUGUCAAGUGUGACCCUCUCUCGUCCCAGGCACUGAGAGUGCGCUGGCAACCACUCCCACUGAACCUUUCCAACGGACCUGUUCAGGGCUACAAAGUCUUCUAUAAAAGGACGACAAACAUUGAGGGGUCCAAUGCAGUUGAGAUCAAGCGCACGACCAACUUGGAGACCAACUUGCAGGGUUUGGGACGCUUCACUAAUUACAGCGUGAGGGUGUUAGCCUUCACUGCUGCUGGGGACGGUGUGGUGUCCCAGCCAGUACUCUGCUCCACUCUCCAGGAUGUUCCUGGGGCGCCGGCAGCUAUCCAUGCCUUGGCCACUGGUCGAGACUCUGUGAUGGUUUCCUGGCUGCCGCCUCCUCGUCCUAAUGGAAUCCUCACUCACUACACUCUCUACUAUCGUCCGCUCAACGCUCCGCAGGCUACAAGGAGCAUGGUGGUAGCAGCGGAUGCUGGUGCUUCUCCAUGGAUGGAGGUGAGCAGGGAAGUGGGGCUACUGGAUUCCCACGUCCACUACGAGUACUGGGUCACCGCCUCCACCCGUGUGGGCGAGGGCGCCGCCUCCACCAUUAUAUCCAAGACGCCGUCAUCAACAGUUCCAGUAAGGAUCAGGUCAUUUGGGCAGACGGUGGAGGUGGAGGCUGGUUCCUCCUUCACACUUCCCUGUGCUGUGGUGGGCUCUCCAGCACCUGCUGUCACCUGGACACACCUCGGUCGUGACACAAUUCCCCAGACACAGACAUUAGCAGACCACUCACUGCAUGUGUCAGUAGCUGGUGCAGACGUUGCUGGUAACUACACCUGCCACGCACACAACCCGGGUGGGCGAGACGAGGCUAGUUGGGUGGUACAAGUGGUACAGCCUCCACCACCACCAACCCUCAGGGUUCAGUACGCCACAGAAACCUCUAUUCAUCUCUCCUGGGAUCCACCGGGUGAUGGCGGCAAGCCUAUCACAGGAUACAUCUUACGGUACAGCUUGGAGGGAGACAAGACGUGGGUGGAAGAGGCAGUGGAACCAGGAGAGGCAACAUACAGUGUGCAGAAGCUUCGUUGUGGCUCCACCUACCACCUGCAGGUGGCAGCCGUCAACCUAGUGGGUCGAGGGGAGGCUUCCCCCACUGUCAACACCAGAACCCGCGGAGCUGCUCCUCGUCAGCCCCGCCAUCAGGAUCUCGUGAGUGUCAACUCAUCUUAUGUGACUCUUCACUUGUAUACCUGGCCGUCGGGAGGCUGUCCCUUCACCUGUUGGGCAGUGGAAUACAGACCUCACUCAGAAUCCAACUUUAUUCCUGUUGCAUCUCAUCUGGCGGGGGACACAGACUCCCUCACUCUUCCAGAGUUAGCCCCACUAACUUGGUACCAGCUUCGUAUCACAGCCCAUAAUGCUGCAGGGUCUGCAACUGCUGUUUACGACGUGGCCACAGCAUCUCUCACUGGAGCAACCUUAUCGCCGGAAUCUGUGAUUGAGGUGGUAGAGAGCAGUGGAGCACCUCUCUACCUCGACCCUCAUGUCUUGGCACCAGUUGUGUCUGGCAUAGCGUGUACCCUCGCGCUACUACUAUGUGUGGGUCUCCUAGUCUCCAGAGGACGUGCGCGGUUUGUAAAGAGUGAGUCUGGACCUUCCGGAGACGGUGCCACUGCCACCAGGGGACCUAAAUACCCUCACUCAUUAGCUGAGCUACAGAACCACCGUAAUGACAGCCAGGAGCAGCUCUCUCCUGCAGCUAAAGCCAAACAAGAGGAGGCCUACACUGACAUCAAGACAUCCAUCGAAGAACAAAACACUUGGGCAUCCAUCGAUAACAUCAUCAGAAUACCUAACGCUCCUUCAAUGAUCAAGCUUACCUUCUCUAACAUCGACAUGGCUGCUAGAGCACUGUCUGAUGGCCUAGCUAUCUCCUACUAUCACAUUCAUGCGAGCCACAUUGAACCUGAACGUUUCGCCCACACCUCGCCAUGUUGGACCUGCUACUCCUACCACCACUCAACGCCUGACUGUUCCCUGAAAGGGAAGAAAUUCUGCACUAACUGCUGUAAAGAUGGCCAUGUUUUCGGGGACUGUUCUUCCACCGCUACCACUUCUACCUGCUUAAGCUGCAAAGGUACUCAUCACACCCUUGCAGCAAAAUGCCCUCUACGAAAAGAAGCCCUGUCCAAGAAAAUCAUUGAAGAAAUAAAAAAGAACUGCCCUAAGUCGCCGACGUACGUUGCCAUCUGCAAACUCCAAAAUGUUACUUUGCCAUACUUCAGCAGCAUGUCAACAUGA